AUUAAAAACACGGACAUAUUUAAUGCUAGUCAGGUUGCUAGCUAAGCAUAAGGGCGGUAGUUGAGUUAAGCGCUGAAGCAGUAUGGCGCCGCUUAAGAAAGGAGGCGAGAAGAAGAAGGGGCGCUCGGCCAUUAACGAGGUGGUGACCCGGGAGUACACCAUCAACGUCCACAAGCGCAUCCAUGGCAUCUCCUUCAAGAAGCGAGCCCCUCGCGCCAUUAAGGAAAUCCGGAAGUUCGCCAUGAAGGAGAUGGGCACGCCUGACGUUCGCAUCGACACCCGUCUGAACAAGGCCGUGUGGGCUAAGGGAGUCAGGAAUGUCCCGUACCGCAUGCGUGUGCGUUUGUCCAGGAAGCGCAACGAAGAUGAAGAUUCUCCCAACAAGCUGUACACACUCGUCACGUAUGUCCCCGUCACCACAUACAAAGGUCUCCAGACCGUCAAUGUGGAUGAAAACUAAUUUACAUAUCGUGACCAAUUGUAAUAAAAUUCUAAAAAGAA